AUGGCCGCCCAGUUGUCCCUGUCGCCCACGGCGCUGGGGCACAGCGCCUCGUCCCCGUGCCUCUCGCGCCCCUCCUCGAGGUGCUCGUCCCAGGGCCUCGCCCGCUCGCCCGCGGGCACCACCGGCCUCAUGAGCCCGCUGGCCUCCGCGGGCCGCGUGGCGGUGACGAACAUGGGCCUCCCGGGCGAGACCCGCGGGCCCCAAGGGAAGUACGACCGCUCGAACACCGCGUACGGCAGCUUCUACCACGACCCCCAGCAUGCCCACAAGCUCGUCGUCCAGCGCAUGGCAAAGACCAGGGACUUCACGGAUCACAUGAGGGCCACCGGCAUGUUCCGCAACCGCUCCUUCAAGACGCUGUCGGACCAGCCCUCCAGGGUCACGGACCUCGGGGCGAAGAGAGCACACGGCGCCGGGGCGGCGUGCGCCUCUCGCUCGCUCUUCGGCGAGGCGCGGCUGACGAUUCGGGUUCCACGCGGCGGCGCCUUCAUGGCAGCGCCCGCUGCCUGGCUGCACCCAGUCGCUGGCGCGACGGUUGUCAGCUCAGCUUGUAUGGCGAUCAGUCUGUCCUUCUCCACUUGCUCGUACUCCUUUGUGUCCAGGUCCGUGAACAUGCUCUCGUCCCACGUGAUCUGGAAGUUAGGGUUGUACUCUCCUUCUUUCUUGGCCCCCGUGCCCUUCUGGUUCUGGCCGCUUGGCGCCGUGAUGCCCUCGAUCUUUGCCAGGGCCGCCGUCGCUUGCUGCUUGACCAGGAAUGGCGCGGAGAAGGCGAGGGAGGACGUCGAGCGGGCGAGGCUGCGCGUUCGCGAGUUGCAGGCCCAGGGCGCGGCCGCGCAGGAGAAACAGCGCCAGCAUGAGCUGCAGAUCUCCGUGCUGACGUCCGAGAAGGAGGCGGCGGAGGGCAGGGUGCGUGCGCUCGUCGAGGACGCGGAGGCCAGCUUGGCGCGAGCCGACCGGGCGGAGACGCAGCUGCAGGCGGCGGAGUACAAGGUGCGUGCGCUCGUCGAGGAAGCGGAGGCCAACAUGGCGCGCGCCGACAGGGCGGAGAGUGACCUGGAGGCGGCGGAAUCCAAGGUGCGUGCGCUCGUCGAGGAAACGGAGGCCAGCAUGGCGCGCGCCGACAGGGCGGAGAGUGAACUGGAGGCCGCGCAGCUUCGCUUGGAGGAGUUGGAGGCCAUGGCCGUCCCCCUUCAGGCGGCAGAGUCCAGGGUGCGCUCGCUCCUCGAGGAGGCGGGGGCGAACCUGGCCCGCGCCGACCGGGCGGAGAGGGAGCUGGAGGCCGCGAGGAUGCGCGUGGCGGAGCUGGAGGCCGCGGCCGCUCCCCUCGAGGCGCGUGCCGCGAGCCUCUCCAGCCUGCUGGCGGGCAUAGGGUGCACCGUGGGGGCCGCGCUGAAGGACACCGAGGCGGCUGACGACGGCCUGACCCUGUUCGAAGCAGCCGUCCGGGAGAAGGAGGCCCUCGAGGCGAGGGCGCAGCAGCUCGAGCAGGAGGUGGACCAGGCGCAGGCGGUGGUGGGCGACCUGACGGAGCGGGUGAGCCUCGCCGAGGGCCGGGCGCGCCUCCUGGCCGCGGCCGAGGCCCGGGCCGAGGCGCUGGCCGCGGGGCUGCGGCAGAUCUCGGAGCGCUCGGGCGCGGGCGGCCGCGCCGGGCUCCUCGGCUCCCUCUUCGGCAGAAGCGAGGAGGAGAUGCUCCAGGACACCCUGGCGCAGAUCGAGGAUCUCCAGGCGGGGCGGCGCUGAGGCGCCCUGCGGAGCCUGGCCCCCUGGCGCCUCGCGCUUCCCCCGCGCACCCCAUCGGAGCCCCGCCUCCUCGCGGUGCAGACUCCUGCCGGAGCGCCAGCCGCGCAGGCCGCCCAGACUGGAGGCGGAGCGAGCGCCCGCGCCGCGGCCAAGUGUGCGGGCUCGCCUCCUUUGGAGCGCUUUCCCCUCCCUCCUCGCUCUCCUCCGCCCCCCCUCUCCCAUCCUCCAUCCCCCUCCUCCUCACCUCCUC